CAUACAUAAAAAUGGUAGGGAAUACGCUGAGCUUUAAUGUGAUGAAUACUUCAAAUUCAAAAUAUGAUCGAUUUUUUAAAUGUUGAUAUGAGUUAACUUGAUAUUUAUAUUCUAAUUUAAUGAACUUUUUACGUCAGCUCUCUGUAACCCAUGAACACACCCAUACACACCCAUACACACACACACACUCUGCUGGACCUUUCUCUUACAGGUGUUGUGUUAUAUAUUAAAACUUAAAAUUUCUUCAUACAAGAAAUAAUUUCUACAAUAUUAGAAGAUUGUUUUCUAUAUGUUCAAUGAAGUAUUAACCCUCUCUGGUCCCUCUCUGAACACAAGGGGGUUAUAUGGCAGAGACAAACUUGAAAUUUCUUCAAACUAGCUAUCUUACUUCAAUAUAAAAUCAAAAAGGUCUUAAUUAUUAGCAGAAUUUGCUCCUCCAUAACUCUAACUGCAUUUUAAUUUUAAGUAAAUUGAAGUGAUAAAGAAAAUCACUUUGAAAAGAUAAGUGGAAAUAAUUAAUAUGGCAUUAAAUAACAUGGGCUUCAAUAAAUCGGUUAUCAAACACAGCAAUAUUUAGUUCCAUUAUGUAUUUGUUUUGAUGUAAUGUAUGUUUUAUUUCCGUAACUGUUAAAAGGCACUUCUGAGAGGAUAUCCUCCUCACAUACCUAAAUACCCCAUAUUUUUGAAUUAAUGUGUAAUUCAUGAGGAACACCUUGGAUUUUACUGGCAGACAGGUGAAACCCCUCUAAAGGUAUAGAUACUAAGGUAUGAUCGGAAAUCUUGCAGAUCCUUAAACAAACACUUCUUAAUCAGAGAGGAAUGCUGGGUAGAUUUAUUGCAAUGAUUUAGUGUUCCACGUACCAGCACCUGUAUACCCAUUUGACAGAGAUAUAUGCAUACGCCCUGAGUACUUAAAAAGGAAUGUGUUGAGGGGAAAACACUAAACAUUGUACUAUGAGUAUUAAAGAGUAGGACAGAAUGAAGAAAUCCAACAGCUUGCCCACGGACUCCCUGGAGUAUUUGAGGACAGACUCCCUGACCCUCCCCCAAUGUUACAGUCUGCCCCCCUCCCCGGGGAAUUCUCUGACCACUGCCUCACAAACAGGACUCUUAUCUAGACUAAAGAGAAGGUUCUCGAAGAAACGUUGGAAAAAGCACCACAGCCGGCGAGCUUCAGACGAGUCGAGUGUGGAUUUUGACUUUGAGAGGGACAGAAGCUCCUCAGCAGGGAGUUUAUCCGCUGCUGACAUAGAGAAUGAAAAUGUGUACUGUGGAAUACUCCGCUGCCUGCUUCAUCCACUGGGAAAUCCAGAUGUUACUACUGGACUCCGCCCUGGCGACCUGAUUGAUAGACUCAAAACAGUAUUUGAAGUGAACCAAGAGGAGCAAGAGUUUUACAUAAGGCAAGAAAUGUUUCACAGACCUCUGGCUUUACAAGCAAACAUUACCGUCCUAGAGGCCAAAGGGCUCAAGACCGACUCAGAAGAAAACUGUAAUCCAUAUUGUCUCUUGGACAUCUACCAUCCAUUGAAAAGACACUCCUCAUAUUCACCAAAGUCAUCACCCAAAACAUCACCGAGAUCAUCGCCUAAACUGAAGAAGAACUCUUCCUCCACCCUCCCUGUGAUACACACGACUGAUACGGAGGAGGUACUGAGGACAAACACAGCCAAGCACACCUCAGAACCUCAGUGGAACGAGGAGUUUGAGCUGCCAGUAGAAGACUUUCUGACAGAUGAAAUCCAAUUGUACAUUUUUAACCAAGAGCAAGAAAAUGGAGCCGAGAAACCCCAGCCAGACAAACAUCAUCUCCUGCCCAGCUUGUUGAGAAAUGUUCUUCAUGUGCAUGACCAUGAGAAAUGGGACCAUCACUUAUUUGGCAAGGUUGUCAUUCCAGUCAGAGAAAUUCCUGCCCAGGGCUGUGAUUGGUGGUGGGAUAUUUCUAGCCCCUCCUCAAAGGGAAGCAAACUUCCAUGUGGAAAAUGUCGCAUCAAACUUCACUUGUCUCAUCAACAGAGUUCAGUGACCGGGGGUCAGCUCUUCUCUGUGGAGGAUUAUUAUCAGGCAGCCGAACAGUUUUACAAACAAGCGGUGAAGGUUCGAGAGCCCAACAGUUCACUAGACCCACAUCUCAGCGUACAGGACAUCAGGAUUCUGGAUUUGUUCGCCCAGUCCUUUGGAAUCUCAAAGUUAUCCCAAAUUUUGAUACAUAUUGUGGUGCUACUUGAAUGGUGCAACAGCCAUGAUGACAUCACGACAGUGGACCAGGCCCUGCAGGCUGCGAUACAGGAACUCCAGAUGAUCUGGGCCUCCAAACAGUUUGACCUGUCCCAUUGCUCCCAGAAGAUGCCUCUCACAGACGCCGAGAUAAUGAUGUACAGACGAGCUGCGAGUGGUUACAUACGCACAUUGUCUAAGCACCUGGACAGCAACCUGGAGCUAUUUCCUCCAUACCUGGACAAUAUAAAUGCCUUAAAACAAAAGUUUAGUGUCAGUAUUCUGUUACUGGAUCUGGAUCUCUGGGACCCCAAGUCCUCUCCCCACAGUCCUCUCAGCCAGAAAAUCCUCUUGAAGCUACAGGAAGACACGGAUCGUUGGAUCAGUGAGAAGGUAUCGCUGAUUUUUAACCACGACGCGGUCCAGGACCCAGUCAUUCCGCGGAUGACCUCCCUGGUGGAGCUGACUAACCUGGCCUCCUCCCACUGCCUUCCUAUGGGCGUGGUCAGUAACCUGUACAACACGUUGGGCAUAGGAUACUUCCGCAUCGUCUCCUUCUGUGUGGAGAAAAAGAUUAGUUCAGUGAUGAGGGGACUUUGUCAGGAACUGGAUGCGUACCAGCGUAAAUAUCACCAGUACAAUGUCAACAUCACGUACAGCAGUCGACUUGCUCUCAGGAUGUACUUCGCCGCCAAGAAGUUUUACAGCAUAGUGAGGGAUAACGUCAGUAGGAGAGAUGUGUUUCGACUGACCAUUCAGCAGUACCAGGACUGGUUUCUGGAUGCGCUGGCUUUCUGGUUACAGACGUUUAGAUCCGAGUGCUUGAAUCGCAUAGAAAGGGCCCUGGAAAUUGACAAAGAUGUUGUUGUGACUCACAGUCUGGUCAAAUUCUCCAACUCCUCUGUGGAUGUCAAAGCUUGUUUUGCACAGAUAACAGAAGAAUGGAGACAGAUAGACUACCAUGAUCCUGAUGCAGCGGUGAUGGGGAUCAUUAAAAUUACUGAUCUCAUAUGUGAUGGAACCAGAAUAUACACAGAGAAAAUUCAUGCUAUGAUGGAAAAGAGUAACUUUUAUGAUAAUGGAGAGAAACAGUUUGAUAUAACGGAAAGGCUCUGCAUAACUCUAAACAACAUUGAGCAUGUGAGACAGUAUUUGAAGGAACUUCCCGUUCUGCUUGACUGGGAAUCCGUUUGUAUGCUUCUGUCCACAAAACACGAGAACGACGACAUUGGAAACAAGGCCAUCUCCACCCUCUCCCGCCUCAUCCAGUCCUCGCAGCAAGAAAUAUUGAUGAAGUGUGCCCAACUUAUCACUCAAAUAGGGGAAAAGAUGAAAAUAGACAUGGCUCGAUUCAUGGAGUUGUUUACCCAGAAAACCCCAGAGAAAGCCUCUUCCAUUGACCAGUUGUUCCAGUACCUGUCCACCAACCUGCGGACCCUGAGGGAGAGGCUGUUUGACAGCAUGUAUCCCCACAUCACAGCCCAGCUGUGGAAGACCAUCAGUAAUCUGAUGGAGGAACAAGUCUUCGUAGGGGAAAGACCAGAAUAUUAUUGUCAAAUGAAACAGUUUUUAAGAGCCCUGACUUCCUUCUUUGCCAAAGAUGGCUUGGAGGAAGAUAAAAUACAAAUAGAAGAGUACAAGAAAUUAAAAGACAGACUAGAGCUGAACUCCCUAAGUACUGAGGAACUGAUGCUAGAGUACUUCCACAGCCUGGCUGACGAAAUAGUCAAUGAGACUCCCUCAGAGUUUUUAGGGAACCUUGCCGUUAAGCUGUCAUAUAUUGAGGAAACCAGAGGAAAUGUUACAAUAUUUGUCAAAGUGAUUCGUGGCACCGACUUGCCUGGGUUAGACCACUCCGGACUGAGCGAUCCUUAUGUGGUCGUCUCCCUUUAUCCCAAGACAAUGUUUGGCCACAACAAGCCACAGAAGACUAAGAUUAUAGAACAGACCCUCAACCCUGUGUUCAAUACCACCUUCCAGUUCCCAAAUGUCCCCCGUGAGUAUUUGUCUGUGAGAGGAGCGGUUUUGUUGCUGAGUGUUUUGGACCAUGACAAGAUCGGCUCGGACGACUUUGCUGGAGAAGUUUCCAUACACCUGUCAUCUAUUACUCCAAUGGAAAUGUCAGCCACUGUGGACUCCAAGCCUGCUGUCAUGCUACCGGUUAAACGCCCCACCUCUCAAACUGAGGGGCCUUACAAAGUAUUGGUGGAGAGAAGUAGCUGGGAUAAAAUGGCCAAGUUAUUCAUCACAGAUCGAAGGCGUUUCAUUGAAAAACAGCGAAAACGAACAGAUCUCAACUCAAGAAUGGCUGGGUUCUUGUCAUUUUUCAGAGGAAGAAAAUCUUAAUUAAUGGACUAUAUAUAUAGACACUGAGUGUGUGUUUAUCUCAUACUGACUUUUACAAAAGGACUGAACUCAAGUUCAUUCUAAUAAUGUGCCAAUUGAUUUGUUUUUAAUGUUAAUACAUGUACAUGUUUAUGUUUUUACAACUGAAUAUCUUUUUAUCAUCAUGUUUAUAUUGUUAAGUUUGAAGUUAAUAAAAUGUGAGGCAAAGUUC